CAGAUGGCCCAGGCACAUCAACAGCCUUUGCUGCCAGUGCAUCAGCAAGCGCAGAUGGCCCAGGCACAUCAACAGCCUUUGCAGCCAGUGCACCAGCAAGCGCAGAUGGCCCAGGCACAUCAACAGCCUUUGCAGCCAGCGCAUCAGCAAGUGCAGAUGGCCCAGGCACAUCAGCAACCUUUGCAGCCAGCGCAUCAGCAAGUGCAGAUGGCCCAGGCACAUCAACAGCCUUUGCAGCCAGCGCAUCAGCAAGUGCAGAUGGCCCAGGCACAUCAGCAACCUUUGCAGCCAGCGCAUCAGCAAGUGCAGAUGGCCCAGGCACAUCAACAGCCUUUGCAGCCAGCGCAUCAGCAAGUGCAGAUGGCCCAGGCACAUCAGCAACCUUUGCAGCCAGCGCAUCAGCAAGUGCAGAUGGCCCAGGCACAUCCACAACCGCUGGUGCAGCCCCCGCAUCAGCAAGUGCAGAAUGUCCAACAUUUGGAUCAGAUGCCCCGAUUUCAACAGCAAUCGCAGAUAGCAUCAGGACAAGCAGAAUUCUCAUCGCAAUCAGCUGGCACCUGGCAACAAGAACUACCGCAGUUGCUUCCGACAAGCCUCACUGAGCGCGGCUCCUUCAGGUCUGGCCUUCCCGCAAUUCAGGAACACUCGGAGCAAGCAUCCUUGCUGAGUCCUUCCCACCCAGAGGGAGCUGGCAUGGAGGCCGGACCAGAAACUGCGACUUGGAGGGAUGCAGUGGACAGUGGCACCGGCGCGCGCUGGCACAUGGGGCAAGAAGAAAGGUGGGGCGGAGACUUCAUUUCAGCUUUCGAAGAGGACCUGGAUGAAGAAGUCUCUCGCAUCGCCGACCAACGCGGCGCCGAGAAGACAUCGGGACCGGCGAAGACGGCGUCGCACGCGUCGCCGUCGCCGGUGCCGGCGACAUCGCCAGUGCCGGAGACCGGAGGGACGCCAACGCCCAACGUGGAGGAGCCCGAGACCAUCCCGUGCCCCAAGUGCAGCGUAAUCCGCAAGCUGGCGACCACCCAGACGUCCCCGACCGAUGAGUUGGAAGAAGCCACGGCAGAGCCUGAGAAGACUGGAAAGGCCUUGAUCACUGCACAGGAAGAGAAUCGGGUGUUGAAGCUGGUCGUAGCCAACUCCAAGAAAGAGAUCGCAUACUACAACCACGUUCUGGUGGAGAAGAAUGCUGAACACCAGCAGGAACUCCAGGAGUUACAGGACACGAUGCUGCAAGAACGGCGCAGAUGUACCGAGGACAUGAUGCAAUGGAAGAAACACGUCAAGAAGGAGUUAGGCCGCGAUCCUGUGCUCUCCGUAUGUUUGUUCAUGUGGGAGCGCGAGGUUACCUCCCUGCGCACCCAGUACGCUUUCACAGAAUGGAAGCGGAAAACAAGCCAAAUUCAAAAAGCGCGAGGGAUUUCAGGCAAGAUGUCCCUGCUCGUGGAAUUGCAUUGGGUCCUGCGCGACUGGCGUUUGUCCGUCAUGGAGCAGAAGGCGCAGCGGAUGAAGACCCAACUCCACGAGAAAUGGUUCAAGUCGAUCGAACAGGCAUCCUAUGCUUGGGGCCGUGACAUGGCACAGGGCCUGAAGCAUUUUGCCUUUGCGGGUUGGGUCUGGCAGAAGAAGUUCGGACACUGGGAGAGGAAAAGCAGCAGGAAUGUGCAGUUCACACUGAGGAGAUGGUUCUACGCCAUGGACACUGCUGUGCGAUACUUUGCCUUCCUUGCGUGGUAUGAAGCCUUGAUGGAGGUGAAGUUGCAAAACUUCAGGUUCCAGUUGCUUGGGAAGAAGUCUGCCUUCCUGAAGGCAGUGAUGGCCUUUGAUGCCUCCGUGUCGUCCAUGUCAAUGCGGGCCAUCUUCUACGCCUGGGUUUGGAGCACCCCAGCCAUCCAGGGCACUCCAUUUUCCAAACCGGACCGCCCUGAAAAUUUGGCUCCUGCCCGCAUGGACCAGAGCUCCCGCUUUAACUUGGCCUUCUGCCUCUCUGCUUGGGACAACGCUCUGACAGGGGCAGUGAUUUCCAGCUGGCAUCAUAUCGCACGCCAUUCCUAUUUCCAGCGUGCGUGGAUGAAGUAUUUCCGACCUGAGAACGACUUGCGUCCGCUGCUGCAGGGCUGGCGCCUGCAAGUCAAGCGCGCCAACGAGGCGCAGAAGAUCUACGUCCAGGUGGAGAAGAAGGAAGAGGCAAACACGUGGUUUGUUUCCCUCCUUUGCUUCGUAUACUGGCGCAUGAAGUUGAUGCCCAGCCGUGCGGUGGUGAGUUACGUUCCAAAACUUGCUAGAUGCAAGGAAAUUGCAGUGCGAAAGUUGGGAGAAGCUGAGGAGCGCUCGGUCUUCCUAGUGAUUUUCCACGCCUGGCAGAUGUAUUUGCUGCUGAGUCAAGAGGAGAAAGAGGAGGACGUUCCGGAUGAGGCGCAGGAGGCAUCAGAAACCGGCCGUCCAUGUAUCAGCAGUUUAGUCAAUCGAGCUGUGAAGAAGCAGAGGGCCAAGGAUGAAGAGAAGAAGUUGGAGGCCGACAAGGCCAUGAAGGCAUCAGAUCGAAAGAGUGUGGAGGAAGCACAGGCAAAGGUGGCGGCUCUUGAGAAGAGUCUCAAGGACUCCGAGGACGCCAAAGCCAAGGUGACAGCCUUGGAACAGAACGUCAAAGACCUCGAGGAGAAGAACGCCGAAGAAAAGGCCAAGGUCGAAAAGUUGGAAGCAGAGGCCAAAAAGAACAAAUCUUGCUGUUGCAUCUUGCAGUAGGCCGGGAGGCCGAAACCGCGCGUUUCACCGCCGAGACAGCCACGGAUGGUGAAGUUCGUGGAUCGAAGUUGUGAUAUA